GUUAUGACGGCUAAAGAGAAGAAAACUCAGCUGGACGAUCGAACCAGACUAACUGAACUGUUUGCCGUGGCUUUGCCGCCUCUACUGGCCAAGUAUGCUGUCGAUGCAGAGAAGGUGACUAACUUAUUACAGCUGCCUCAGUACUUUGACCUGGAAAUUUAUACCACAGGACGUCUGGAGAAGCAUCUGGAUGCCCUGCUUCGUCAGAUAAAAGAAAUCGUGGAGAAGCACACAGACACCGAAGUGUUGGAGUCCUGUUCGAAGACCUACCACGCCCUCUGCAAUGAGGAGUUCACGAUCUUCAACAGGGUGGAUAUAGCCCGCUCGCAGCUGCUGGACGAGCUGGUGGACAAGUUCACCCGGCUACUGGAGGAUUUUCUACAAGAGGGUGAGGAUGCUGAUGAAGACGAUGCUUAUCAGGUUUUGUCGACUCUAAAGAGGAUCACGGCAUUUCACAAUGCACACGACCUGUCGGGAUGGGACCUCUUUACCAGCAACUUCAAGCUGCUCAACACGGGGAUAGAGAACGGAGACAUGCCUGAGCAGAUAGUCAUCCAUUCACUGCAGUGUACCCACUAUGUCAUCCUGUGGCAACUGGCCAAGUUGUCUGAGGGCAGCUCCAGAAAGGAUGAUUUGGUGACCCUGAGAAAGCAGAUGAGGGCCUUCUGUAUGAUGUGUCAGCGCUACCUCACUAAUGUCAACACGGCCGUCAAAGAACAGGCUUUCACCAUCCUGUGUGAUCUUCUGCUCAUCUUCAGCCACCAGAUGGUUUCUGGAGGCAGGGAACACUUGGAGCCUCUGGUCUACUCCCCAGAAGACUCUUUACAGUCUGAGCUGCUCUCCUUCGUCCUGAACCAUGUCUUCAUCGACCAGGACGACGACACAAACAGCACAGAUGGGCAACAAGAUGAUGAAGCAGUAAAGAUCGAAGCUCUGCACAAGAGGAGGAACCUCCUGGCUGCCUACUGUAAACUCAUCAUCUACUGCGUGGUGGAGAUGAAAACGGGGGCUGACAUCUUCAAACAGUACAUGAGGUAUUACAACGACUACGGUGACAUCAUCAAGGAGACAAUGAGUAAGACUCGGCAAAUCGAUAAGAUCCAGUGUGCCAAGACGCUGAUUCUGAGUCUGCAGCAGCUGUUUAAUGAGAUGCUGUCUGAACUGGGCCACGGCUUCGACCGCUCCUCCUCUUCGUUCUGCGGCAUCAAAGAGUUGGCCCGCCGCUUUUCUCUAACUUUCGGUCUGGAUCAGGUCAAAACCAGGGACGCCAUCGCUAUGCUGCACAAGGACGGCAUCGAGUUUGCUUUUAAGGAUCCAAGUCCUCAGGGAGAAGGAGGUCCUCCUCUCAACCUGGCUUUCUUGGACAUCCUCAGCGAGUUCUCCUCCAAACUUAUGAGACAAGACAAGAGGACUGUCCACAUGUAUCUGGAGCGCUUCAUGACGUUCCAGAUGGCACUGCAGCGAGAGGACUGCUGGCUUCCGCUGAUUUCUUACAGAAACUCGCUACAGGCUGGCGGCGACGACGACACCAUGUCUGUGAUGAGUGGUUACUCCAGCCGAGGCUCCUCCGUUCGUUCCAAGAAGGCCAAACCCCCCGCAGCUACAGCCGGGACAUCAGCAGCAAAGAGAAAACUGCCAGAAGAGGAGAGCAGCAGCAGCGAGGUAUGGCAGCAAAGCAUCCAGACCCCGGUCAUGAUGCCCUCCCCCCACCUCACCUCCACUGUCAUGAGAGACCCCAAAAGGGGUCGUGAUGACAGCUACAUGGGGGUCUACGCCCUUCCUCAUGAGCAGCCACAGCCCCAUCAACACCCACAGCAUCAUCAACAGACGCCUCAACACCACCAGCCACCUAUGGAUUACAACUCACAGGUGACGUGGAUGCUGGCGCAGAGACAGCAGGAGGAGGCACGCCAGCAACAAGAAAGAGCCAUGAAUUACGCCAAGCUCAGGACCAAUCUGCAGCAUGCCAUCCGCCGCGGCACUGGGCUGAUGGAGGAAGACGAGGAGCCCAUUGUUGAGGAUGUGAUGAUGUCAUCUGAGGGUCGCAUGGAUGACCUGAAUGAAGGCAUGGACUUUGACACCAUGGACAUCGACCUGCCGCCGUCUAAAAACCGCCGUGAGAGAUCAGAGCUCAAGCCGGACUACUUUGACCCCGCUUCUAUCAUGGAUGAAUCGGUCCUGGGGGUGUCCAUGUUUUAAGCUAAUAUCCAGAUGGUUUUUGACGCUGGGACAACAGAAGAGGCGCUUUGUAUUUAAAGAGAAUUUUAGAAGUGAAAACAGAAGUGUUUUCUGUAAGAAAAAGCAAAAAUCAAACAAAAAAAGAGAGAGAGAGAGAGACCGAUAGAGGAGAUCCUGGCUUGUACUCCACGCGGACCAAUGACAACCCACACUCAGUGUUGCUUGCUCAGAGAGGACUUUGUUUCAGAACUUUUACUUUUCUAAUCUUGGGUCAGCUUUUCCUGUUCCAGCCCAGAGCAGCAGGCCACUUCCAAACCUAUUAGAGACAAGACACGUCUGAAGAAAAAUCAAAAGUUUUUUUUUCUUCCUUUUUUAAAAAGAAAAUGGGGAUGAAUUGGUGUGUUUUAACUUAAGAAACAUUUUUUUAUGUCUAACCCUUUUUACAAUUGUAAGUUACCAGGUGUGAUGUAGUAAUUUAUAAACAGACUGUAGUAGCUUGCUUGUACCGUGUUAGCCACGUGGAUGGAGGUCUUUCUGUUUGUGCUUUUGUUACUUUUUCUUUAUUUCUUCUGUUUUUUCAGUUUUCUCCCUGUUGUCGUGUCUGAGUUGAGGUCCUGGGAAACCACUGGUGGUUCAGAUGUAGAGGCAGUCCUGGUCCCUUUAUGCUGUGAAGAUUCCUCUAGGCCCACUUUAACAUGUACUCGCCGUUAGGCAGCCAGUCCCAGAGUAAAAGGUGUCCCCCUCCGUCACCGAGCAGGUGCUGUGGAAAGUCACAGCUUGAUCAGGAAUUUAUAAGAAGAAGAAUAAAUGGUCACAGUUUUUCCUCCUUUAAAACCCCACAGCGAAAAGUUAAAAUGGGUUUCUCUACAUUUUAAAUAAAGUUAUAUAUGAAUCGGUGCUGAUUUUAUAUAUGUGCUUUAGGUUUUCUUCUUUUCAUUCUUAAGUGAGAAAGUUGGAGGAAUGUUUAAGUAAAACUUACAAAAAAAGGCAAAACAAAUGAAAGCAUGAGAAUUCAUGCAUCAAGGAAGAUUUUUAAAACUGUGUUUUAAUGUUUUUUGUUUGUUUUUGUUUUUUUGUCUUGAUAAUGUCUUUGGAUUUCUACCUUUUUUCCUACGAAUGAAAAGACUUGUGAAAUUCAGCUUUAAGGUUUUCUCAACAUGAAAAGUCCUGUCACAAAAAAACACCAGAAGCUUCUAGAUUUCAAACCCGUAAGGUAGUCUCACUCAGACAGCACUGAACUCCAACGUCUUUCAGCAGCGCUGUGGCAGCUAGACGAAGCUUCGAUUUGGACAUCUACUUGUCACACACCAGUUUUAAUGAAACGUUUUGUCUACUGAGGUCUUUAUUUUGUAGUCAUUCCAUGCUUAAGCCUUAAACACGCUUGUGGAGGUCACCUUUUCUCAGUAAUCUUCCAUGUCAGAGGUGGAUAAUUGGCUCGUAGAACGUGAAAUCCAGUACGAGGUGGUCAGAUGUAAUGUGAUAAAGUAGAUAAACAGCCUAUUUGUGUUUUUGCCUAAUUAUUUUAUGUAAGUAAAAGAAGAAAAUUCUUUUAAGGAAAAAAAAGUACUGUUUAUUGUUUGUUACUUACCACUACAUCGGUAUAAAUCCUUAUUAGAUCAUGUGUAUAUAUACAAAAUUUCAUUUCUUUCCUUCUUUUUCGGCCAUUUCUGUUAUUUUUCCUCCCUAAACUCUUGCCUACACUUCUUGCGUUAUUGUCUGUUAUCCCAUCCUCUCUCAGCCACUGUUUUCUGAUUUGUACUUGUCUGGAGACAGUAACUUUUGAAUAAAAAUCAACACAUUU